UUUAUAAUUUUACAUUACAGUCCACCGAGAGCAGUCUGAUAAUACUUUAAAUCAAAUCAACUCCACGAAUGAAAGAUUGUUGUUUAAAAAACAACGUAGUUAUUUGAUUCACGCGGCGGUGUUAUAAAAAAUGAACCGAUGCGUUGUUUGUGAAUAUGGCGCUGCGUGCGCGUUCAGUUGUUUCUUUUUUACCAGGUCGAGAGACCUUAAUCAUUAACAAAACACGUGUGUCCGUUUGUGUGUGUCGUGUGUGUGUUUGUGUGCGUGUGUGUGUGUGUGUGUGUGUGUGUGUGUGUGAGUGUGUUUGUUUGUGUGUGUGUGUUUGUGUAUGUGUUUGUGUGCGUGUGUGAGUGUGUUUGUGUGUGUGAGUGUGUGUGUAAGUGUGAGUGAGUGUGUGUGUAUGUGUGAGUGAGUGUGUGUGUGCGCGCGCACAUAAUGCAAUGUAAGCCUGUUUGAAAGGAUGAGUACACAACAUGUACUACGAUACGUCAUCCAUUCACGUUUUUUAAAUAAAAAAGUACGAUAUUAUAUUCAGUGGUACAUGAAUAAGAAUAGUGAGAGACACCAGUUCUGUAUGAUCAUCUCUUGAUCCAUCACAGACAGCCUGUACAAACAUGUGUGUUUAGGCUGGUUUGUAUAGUUUUAGGUGUUGUGAUGUGAAUCACUGUAAAUAGAAAAGAAUGCAAGUAGCAUUGUACAAGUCCAAGAAAACAUUUUAUUAAUAAUCAAUUACCUCGUAGCAGAAAAGGGUCAUGGACAGCGGACAAGCAAACAAAAAUACAUCUAAAGUUGUUUUAAUGAUGUAUAAUUGUGUUAGCAAAGCAAAUUAAACCGAGAAAAUCUAUACUGUGUCUAGUACAGGUUACAGGUUUAGUAUUGCGUCAGGAUGCCGGCACUUGCCACAAACAAAACCAGAACAAAUGUCCUUUGUUUUUUUCUUUUAUAGGUUCAAACUGGCUGAUGUAAUCAUGUCCGUGCCGGCCCAACCACCAGCAUCACCUUUCCUCGCUCUGCAUUCUAAAACACACAAGGACACCAUCCUGCAUCAGUUUGACAAGCUCAGAAGGAGAGGGAUGCUCUGUGACAUAACGCUCACUGUGGAAGACGUGCAGUUCAAAGCACACAAGGCUCUUUUAGCGGCGAGCAGUGGAUAUUUCUCCUCGAUGUUCACCGCCGAAGAUCAGGCUGGCCAGACGCUCUACAAACUCGAUGGCAUGUCGGCCAAGACCUUCGAGGCCGUGCUUGAGUUCAUCUACAGCGCAAAUGUGUCCGUGGAGGAGAGCGGCUCUAAACAGCUGCUUGACAUGGCCCGCUUCCUGGAGAUACGAGAUUUAGUGGAAGCCCACGAGGACCUUCAAGAAACGAGCGUGAAACGAGAUGAUAUAACCUCAAAGAUCAGGUCCAAGCGCAAAAGAGGCCGUCCAAAGAAGAUCACGCAAGCUCAGGAGUCUGGCCACAAUGACAACAAAACUUCUUUGCCAACACAAAGUAACACUGAGACCACCUCGGAAGGUCUCUUAGAUUCUUCCUCUCCACCCAGAGACUUAAGCGACAGCGAUUAUAAACCCAGAGAAGACCGACCCCGUCACAGCAAGAGGAAUAUAAUCCAGCCCGUCAAACUGAGAGGCUUCAGGUUAGAAAGCGAUUUGGUGGAGCGACGUGAGCCGGGAAAGAGAGGAAGAAAGAGGAAGUACCCAGACACGGAAGCCAGAUGUGAAGAUUGUGGGAAAGUUUUUAAAAGCCAUUUGUUUCUGAAGAUUCAUCGGCGAAGUCACACAGGAGAAAAGCCGUUUGAAUGCAGCGUUUGUGGGAAGAGAUUCACUCAGAAGCACACGCUGUUGGUUCAUCAGCGCAUGCACACGGGCGAAAAGCCCUUCACCUGCACCAUCUGCUCCAAAUCUCUGUCUUCUAAAGACUCUCUACAGGAGCACAUGAACCUGCACACAGAGAAUAAAUCUUUCAGUUGUGAUAAGUGUGGAAAAAGCUUCAGUCAGAAGCGACAGCUGAAGAGUCAUUACAGGAUUCACACGGGAAAAGCUUUACCUGAGUGUGCACAGUGUCAUCAUAGAUUCCUGGACGCCGCUCAACUGAAGAAACAUCUCAGAACUCAUACAGGUGAGAAACCUUUUACAUGUGAGAUCUGUGGCAAGUGUUUCACAGCCAAAAGCACCCUGCAGACACACAUCAGAAUACACAGAGGAGAGAAGCCAUACGUCUGCAACAUCUGCGAUAAGACCUUCUCCGACCCCAGCGCCAGACGACGUCACGUCGCCACACACACGGGUAAUAAGCCCUUCAUGUGCCCUGUAUGCAACCUGUUGUUCGCACGAAUGGACAACCUCAAAGCACACGCCAAAACUCACAACAAAGAGCCUCAAAGCACCGACGCCACAGAGCCCGCAGCGGUGGAGGCCACGCCAGGGUCCCAAAAAACACACAGCGUCCUCCAGCUCCAGCCCUACCAACUCCCGACCCACUCUGAGCAGGAGAUCCAGCUGGUGGUGACCGGCGAGGUGGAGAACAUCAGCCUCAUCUCAGACACUUCAGAGGAACCGGGUCUCACCCUCCUCACCCAACCACCAGGACACGUCCAAAACCUGGCACUGGUCACCCCAGGGGGAUUGGAUGCCGGGACUCAAAUUCAAACCAUCAGUGUUCUGGGAGGUCAGGUGACCGACGGGCAGUCCGAGCAGAUGCACGUGAUCACGCUGUCGAAGGAAGACAUGGAGCACCUGCAGGUUCAUCACGGGCCGCAACGACAGCUUCAGGUGAUCCAUCAAGGCGUACCACAGCUGUCCGUCCCCCAGGAUGCCUCUGUCCAAAGCAACAGCCGCCCGAGUCAAACGGGAAGCAUUCACAUCGGCAACCAAAGCGGUCAGCCCAUCUCCAUCAGUCAGACCAGUGAACAAAUCACCAGCGACCAGAUUCAGGGUCAAACCUUUCAGAUCCAGGCAGGGACCGUCUCGUACCUGUACACCACCAGCAUGAACCCGCACAACUGAACAAGAGACACCUGCCUAAAUGUUUUCAUUUUUAUAUAAUGCUAAAGAAUUAAGAACACAUGUAACAAUCUUUUGUUUGAAUAAUGGUUUAAUCAUUUUCUUAAUGUGGAUCAUUAAGUGCAAUUUGAAGAUGAAUGAACAUGUUAAUAAGACACAUCAAAA